AUGGUAUCUCAAUAUUGUUUUGCAACAUGUAGUUAUCGAGAAAGAAAAUCUGAACCAACUGAAAUGAUGCCACUUGAAGGUUAUACUGUUGAUUAUGCUGAAGCCGAUAAUGGUUUAAUAAUGCAUGAUGGAAAAUAUUUUUUUAAAGCUGGACGGGAAGGUGAGAUUGUUACAUUUGCAACAAAUGAAGAAAAUGAACGACAUAGUUGGGUACAAGCAUUAUAUCGUGCUACAGGUCAAUCACAUAAACCAACACCACCAAUAACAUUAAAUAAUAAAUCUUCUCAAUUAAAUCAAACAUCUGGACAAAAAGAUCAAAUUGAUUCCGAUCGUUCGAAAAAACUUGGUUUUGAUGAAUAUAUUCAAAGUGAUCCAUGUAAAUUUGAUCAUCAUGAUUUAUUUAAAACAUUACAAACAGCAACAUUAGAUUUUCGACUUAAUGAUCCAUAUUGUUCUUUGGGUUGGUUAAGUCCAGGACAAAGUUAUGUACUUGAAGAAUAUUGUUCUCGAUAUGGUGUUCGUGGUUGUUUAAGACAUCUUUAUUAUUUAAAUGAUUUACUUGAUAGAGCAGAACAAGGAUUUAUGAUUGAUCCUCAAUUACUUCAUUAUAGUUAUGUUUUUUGUGCAUCACAUGUUUCAGGAAAUAGACCUGAUAGUAAUAUAUCAACAAUAACUAUGGAAGAAAAAGAUCGAUUUAUUGAAAUAAAAGAACGAUUAAAACAAUUUCUUGAACAUCAAGUUACCAAUUUCAGUUCUGAUCAUCAAAUAAAGAUUACUGCAUGUGAAUUACUUCAAUCAAUUAUGCUUUAUAUGAUUGGAAAAAGUGCGAAUAAUCGAAGCAAUGCUGCGACUUCUUAUGAAAAAUUUUAUGAACAUUUAUUUCCUCUUGUACAGGAAUUAUCAUUUGAUUCCGAUCAAGGAAUAAAAGGCAUACUCACGUACUCCAAGAGUACAAGAUUAUAG